AUGAUAUAUAUUUUGCAUCUAAAAAAGGUACUAGUGGCUUUCAAGCCCGAGUACUUCAUCUGGAAGGAGCUCACUCGUGGUAUCAAAGCUGCGUGCGGUAAUAUUGCUAAACCACGUACUGCCACUAAUGUAACCAAACAUGGUAACCGGCUCUACAAAUCCAAGGCUAUCGCUGAGGAUUCUAAUGAGGUGGAAUUCAUUUCAUCUACCCUCAGUGAGCCUGAGCUCACUUCUUCACAGGAGGAGCAGGAUGAGAGUAUGGCCGUUGACGACAACCCGGCCACUGCCGCGGCUGCUAUCAACGCUGCUAACGAUGUCAUUACCCAUGUCACUACCACUUCUGCCAUCACUAAAGAGACGACUGGACCUGCCUCUAGCACUUGUGCUUCAGGUGGUCCCAAGGGCAAAUAUGCUCGCAAGCCCAUCCCCAAUGGUCCCAAGGCUUUUUGUUUAAACAAAAAACACCCCAAGGUGAUUCUUCUUGAGUACACUUCAGUUCCUGGUAUGGAUACUAAUUCCACUGCUUAUCUCAAGGCUGCCCGUUACGUCAACAAUCCUCAUAAACGUGCUCGCACCGAGCAACCCAAUGCCAAGGAGGGAUCGUUGCCCAUUGACGAACCUGCCACUACUUCUGUUUUGAGCAUCGUUGCCGGCUACUUGGAUCAACCAGUUGCCAAUCCUUUCUUGGAAAUCCAGGAUAGCGAGGCAAUCAAGCAACUUGUCAUCCUUAUCCGCUCCUAG